AUGCUCCUGUUGCUGGGGCUGUGCUUGGGGCUGCCCCUCUGCGCAGGGUCGGAGGACCGCCUGGCGCCGGCUCUGGAGCUGGAAGAGGCGCGGAGGUGGGAUGACACUUUGGAGCAAGUUGGACGCAGGGUCCCAAGACAAGUGAGGCUGUUGCAAAGGCUGAAAACCAAACCCUUGAUGACAGAGUUUUCCGUGAAGUCGACCAUUGUUUCUCGUUAUGCCUUCACUACAGUUUCCUGCAGAAUGCUGAAUAGAGCUUCAGAGGACCAGGAAGUUGAGUUCCAGAUGCAGAUUCCAGCUGCAGCUUUCAUCACCAACUUCACUAUGCUUACUGGAGACAAGGUUUAUCAUGGUGAAAUUACAGAGAAAGAAAAGAAAAAUGGUGAUAGGGUAAAAGAGGAAAGGAAUAAAACCACAGAAGAUAAUAGGGAGAAAGGAACUGAAACAUUCAGAGCUUCUUUAGUGAUUCCUAGCAAGGACAAAGCUGUCUUCCUCUUAAGUUAUGAAGAGCUCUUGCAGAGACGUCUUGGGAAAUAUGAGCACAUUAUCAGUGUGCGACCCCAGCAGCUGGUGGGGAGGCUCACUGUGGAAGUGAAUAUUCUGGAGAAGUCGGGCAUCGCAUCACUGGAAGUGCUUCCGCUACGCAACAGCAGGCAGAAGGGCACUGGGAGGGGGGAAGAUGAUUCGGGGGCUCCUCCUUCUACUGUUAUCAACCAAAAUGAAACUUCUGCCAAAGUCAUUUUUAAGCCUAGUGUGAUACAACAAGCCAGGAUUGCCCAGAAUGGCAUUUUGGGAGAUUUCAUCAUUAGAUAUGAUGUCAAUAGGGAACAGAGCAUUGGGGACAUCCAGGUUCUAAAUGGCUAUUUUGUGCACUACUUUGCCCCUAAAGACCUUCCUCCUUUACCCAAGAACGUGGUAUUUGUGCUUGACAGCAGUGCGUCCAUGGUGGGAACCAAACUCCGGCAGACCAAGGAUGCCCUCUUCACCAUUCUCCAUGACCUCCGGCCCCAGGAUCGUUUCAGUAUCAUUGGAUUUUCCAACCGGAUCAAAGUGUGGAAGGACCACUUGGUGUCAGUCACUCCUGACAACAUCAGGGACGGCAAAGUCUACAUUCACCACAUGUCACCCGCUGGAGGCACGGACAUCAACGGGGCCCUUCAGAGAGGCAUCAGGCUGCUCAACAACUAUGUGGCCCGCAAUGACAUUGAAGACCGGAGUGUGUCCCUCAUCAUCUUCCUAACAGAUGGGAAACCCACUGUGGGGGAGACCCACACCAUUAAAAUUCUCAACAACACCAAAGAGGCUGCCCGAAGUAAAAUCUGCAUCUUCACCAUUGGCAUUGGGAAUGACGUGGACUUCAAACUGCUGGAGAAGCUGUCACUGGAGAACUGUGGCCUCACACGACGCGUUCACGAGGAGGAGGAUGCGCGCUCGCAGCUCAUUGGGUUCUACGAUGAGAUUAGGACUCCUCUCCUGUCUGAUAUCCGCAUUGAUUAUCCACCCAGCUUAGUGGAGCAUGUCACCAAAACCCUGUUCCCCAACUACUUCAACGGCUCAGAAAUUAUCAUUGCUGGGAAGCUGGUGAACAGGAAGAUGGAUCAGUUGCAUGUGGAAGUCAUAGCCAGCAACAGUAAGAAAUUUGUCAUACUGAAGACGGACGUGCCUGUGGAGCCCCAGAAGGUAGGGAAUGAUGUCACGGGAAGCUCCAGGCCCAAGGGUGAUGGCAAGGAGGACCCCAACCACAUCGAGCGUCUCUGGAGCUACCUCACUAUGAAAGAGCUGCUGAGUUCCUGGCUGCAGAGUGACAAUGAGCAAGAGAAGGAGAGGCUGAGGCAGAAGGCCCAGGCUCUGGCAGUGAAUUAUCACUUCCUCACCCCAUUCACCUCCAUGAAGCUGAAGAAAUCAGCAAUUCAGACAGAGAGACUAGAGGACAACUAUGGCAUAUCUGCCGCAAUAGGUCCUGAAACAGUGAUGCAGAGCUUGCGAGGAGCUGACAUGCAGCCAGGACCUGCUCUCAAGAGACCGUACAACCCAAGAAUUAAAAUCUCUAAAACAUCAGCGGAUGGAGAUCCCCAUUUUGUUGUGGAUUUUCCCUUGAGCCAUCUCACUGUCUGCUUUAACAUUGAUGGACAACCCGGAGACAUUCUAAGGCUAGUUUCUGAUCACAGGGACUCUGGUGUGACAGUGAAUGGAGAGUUAAUCGGGGCCCCUGCUCCUCCAAAUGGCCGCAAGAAGCAGCGCACUUACUUCCGCACUAUCACCAUCCUUGUCAAUAAGCCAGAGAGAUCUUAUCUUGAAAUCACACCAAACAGAGUCAUCUUGGAUGGAGGGGACAGGCUGGUCCUCCCUUGCAACCAGAGUGUGGUGGUGGGGAGUCGGGGGCUGGAGGUAUCAGUAUCUGCCAAUACCAAUGUCACCGUCACCAUCCAGGGCACCAUUGCCUUUGUCAUCCUCAUUCACCUCUACAAAAAGCCAGCACCCUACCAGCGAAACCACCUGGGCUUCUACAUCUCCAACAGCAAAGGCCUUUCUAGCAACUGCCACGGACUAUUAGGUCAGUUCCUGAACCAGGAUGCUAAGCUCACAGAGGAGCCUGCAAGGCUCAGCAAGAAUCUUACUGAUCUUCCACUCCCUCAGGCAGAUGAGAGGUCUGAGACUGUCCUAAAGGUGAAAGGCCACCGAGUCCCAGUGGUCUGGAAACAAAGGAAGAUCUACAAUGGGGAAGAGGAGAUAGACUGCUGGUUUGCCAAGAACAAUGCUGCCAAACUGAUUGAUGGGGAAUAUAAAGAUUACCUGGCAUCUCAUCCUUUUGACACAGAGACUACAUUUGGCCUGGGAAUACCCAGGGGACUCUGA